AUGUGGCGCGAUAGGGAAGAGGCGGCGCGCUGCGCGGGGCUGCUUCGAAGGCCCGGCUUUAUGUCAUAUGUGAAUGAUAUUCCAGAACUACAUGGCCAGAAUUAUGGAAAAUGGCACCAGAAACUAGAAAUUGCUUUGGCACUGGCUGAGAUAGAUUUGGCUGUCACAGUGCCAGCACCUAAAGAACCAGAACAGCCCGUGCGGGCUCAGAAUGAAGCAGACGACGCAUGGGCCAUUCGUGAGAAGAACCAUGAUCGUGCUAUGAUGCAAUAUGAUAUUGACAAGACACAUUGGAACACUUCCAACCGCAAGUGUCUGAUGAUCAUAAAGGGGUCGAUCUCAAACAAUAUAAAAGAAGCAAUUCCAGAAUCUACCACCGCUGCUAAGUAUCUAGAAAGGGUGAAGAGUCAGUUCACUGGCUCUUCCAAGACAUAUGCUGCUAAUUUGACAGAGCAGCUUGUGACCAAGAGAUAUACCGGCGGUGGCAUUAGAGAACACAUCCUAGAAAUGAGCCACAUUGCAAAUAAGCUCAAGACAAUGAACAUGCCCUUACCACAAGCUUUCGUUGUUCAGUUUGUGUUCAAGUCCCUUCCCAAGGACUUUGAAACUUUUAAUGUCAACUACAACACUCAACGUGAAGAAUGGAACCUAGAAAAGAUGAUUGCUAUGUGCGUUCAGGAAGAAGACAGACUCAAGCACUCACAUUGUGUAACAUCCCAGUUUUCAUCAUGA